UACGCCACCUACUGCAAACCCAAGCUGGCAGUCAGAGCAAUGCUAGCAGCAUUUCCAUUCCAACAUCGUUCCGGAGCUGAAUAAAGGUGCUUUUUAAAAAGAAGCAUCCUCUUUACAAGCUGACAAAAACAAAGCAGGAUAGCUGGCUUUUUUUCUCAGCUUCAAUAAUGGAGAAAAAAGCAAGCAGAAGAGAAAAUGAAUGCGAAGAAAAAAACAGCAACUCUGAAGGCUCUGAGCAAGACAAGGAAUAUAAAACGUCUCUGAUUACUCUGAAUGUUGGUGGUUAUCUAUAUAUCACACAAAAACAGACACUAACCAAGUAUCCUGAUUCGUUUCUGGAAGGGAUCAUAAACGGAAGAAUAAUGUGUCCAUUUGAUGCAGACGGUCAUUACUUCAUAGACAGAGAUGGACUCCUUUUCAGACACAUACUCAACUUCCUACGAAAUGGAGAACUUCUUCUACCAGAAGGGUUUCGAGAAAAUCAACUUUUGGCACAAGAAGCUGAAUUUUUCCAGCUUAAGGUACUCUCGGAUGCAGUGAAAUCAAGGUGGGAGAAGGAACAGCUAGCAUCUCGAGAGACUACUUUCCUGGAAAUAACUGACAGCCACGACCGUUCACAGGGACUCAGAAUCUUUUGUAAUGCUCCUGAUUUCAUUGCAAAAAUAAAAUCCAGAAUUGUACUGGUGUCUAAAAGCAGGCUGGAUGGAUUUCCGGAAGAGUUUUCAGUAUCUUCAAAUAUUAUUCAAUUCAAGUACUUCAUAAAGUCUGAAAAUGGUACACGACUGGUACUGAAGGAGGAUAACACCUUUGUCUGCACCUUGGAAACUCUUAAGUUUGAGGCUAUAAUGACGGCUUUAAAAUGUGGAUUUAGACUGCUGACCAGUCUGGAUUGCUCAAAAGGGUCAAUUGUUCACAGUGAUGCACUGCAUUUUAUCAAGUAAUCACAAAGGCAAAGGACACAAGCAUGCAGCCAGUAAACCUCCUUCAGCUGCAGCCUCCUGGCAUCACAAAUAAUGUAUCUAACUAGCCUUGUACCACAGAGCUCAGCUGCUAAUCAACUGAUGUGAGCUAAUGGUAUGUAAAUCUCAUAAUGACAUCUAUCUCUGGCUUACUUAAGCUGAAUGAAAAUUUUAUGUCUGAAUUUAAUAAAAAUUACCUGUUAACAUUGUAAACACAGAUUGAAUGCUUUAUGCUCUUUGUAAUAUGUUUUCCCACUGCUGUCUUUCAAGCAGAGUCUAGCUGAAUUUUUAUGUACCUGUGUGACUAACAUGCAUACACCUAACUGCUCUGUUGAACAGCAGUGGCAGUAUUUUCACAUAAUAAAUAGGCUUAAAAUAUGUUUUGCUUAUAACAAAUUUAAAAUGGAUUUUAACUGGAAUAAAUGAUUUUGACUGUUCAUUAGUGUUUAUGCUAAUCUAUUGUACUGCAUUUGCAAAAAACAAGAUUGCAAGAGAGUUUAAAAUUAAUCAACUUGAUUUUAAAUGAUUUCUCAACUCACAACCAAGUUUAUACUAUGUUAUUACACUAAUAACAAUUGCCAAAAAGAUGUAAACCAACAAAAUAAUGCUGGGGGAGAUUCAUUCUAUUAUGGGAAACGAGUUCAAUCUGCACAGAAUGCUACAUUUUCUAAUAUAUAUACAUAUCAAAUGGCUAAUAAAAAUAUUUGACAUAAAGCUAAAUGUAACAGGUUUCCAGUAAUGACAUCCUACAAUGCUAUAGUCACUAUUUCCUAGCAAUCAUUUGUGCUCAUAAGGACAGGCAAUUACCAGAGCCCUUGCUUUGCACAGUGGCUUACUAAAUGCAACUAGUACUAUCAGUUUUGAAUAGACCACCUGCUGGCAUUUAAGAUUAUUCACUCUAAGUAAUAGAGUGAAUAAACCUUCAUUCUCCUCAUCUCCACUAUUUAUCAAAUAUUUUCAUUUAUAUUUUAAACAAAGUUGUAAUAGCUUCUAUAGAACAACUGUAACUAAUUUAACCACAGGCAUUACAAAGCAGUCACUUCACAAAAGCAAACUGAAAAAUCAUCACAAAAGGCAAAAAAAAAGCUUCACUAAAUCUAAGUUUAAGCUUUGUUUGUCAUUGAACACAAUCAUCAUUCACAGCUCAUAUGAACCCAAAAUUCAGGUAAAAUGCUAAUAAAAAAAUAAAAAAAAGAAUAAAAAAUAAAGAAAUAAAAAACCCAACCAAGUAGUUCUCCCAAAACAUCAAUUUUGUAAAGGAAAAAAAUACUAAGAAUGUCAACAGAACGCAGUACAAUCUAUAGUAGAAGCGACAACCAAGAAAAACAGCUAACACAAGACAGGCUGAGUUUUGUUUUGGAUUUUAGAGGGAAAAAAAUCAAUCCUUAGUAGUACUGACUACAAAUAUAAAUGCAAGGUCCAUUUAUCCUUCAACAUGAAACUGUUUCACUUGUAACAUACAACAAGUGUUGCUAACUAGGUUCCUUGCCAGACAUGAACUAAGACGGGGACUCCACAACUCCAGACCAGGCAGCAGUGACUGAACCAUAUUCCAGUAUGAUUUUAACAAAUGGGAAAAUUCAACCUCUCCAGAAUACUCCCUCAGAAUGAAUCCACUGUCUAGAAAUGAUCAAGUUUUCUAAUCUAGUUCCCACAGUACAGACUUACAGUUCAUAAAAGAUGUGGUUCUCAGUGGAACUUUUCCAAACUCAACUACCUAAAAAUCAGAUGGCUCUACAUUUCAGGUAUACAAGCUGAAGAACUGUCCAUGUAUCCCAAAACUUUUCUGAAUUUGUCCAAAUGCAUUAACUAUCUACAAACAAAAGGUAUAAUAUAGUAAAAUACUAUUCUUUACAUAUGCUGUCAACGUGCCAUCCUUCUCUCCUCCCCCUCCAAGUUCUUUUCUAAUUGAUAUAUUAAAAAAAAAAUCCUCAUUAACCACUAAUCUUGUGCUUAUAAGAAUCUGUAGAACUUCUGUGAAAAUAAACGUGAAAGCUCCCCUAAAGGAAAUCCAAAAUCCUGCUGAUCUUCUAGGACAAGAUCAAGAAACACCAUCACACAGAACGAUUACAAGAAAAGGCCUUUGUAGACACAAUUCUCUACAUGAGCAAGAAAAAGUGACAUGACAGUCUAAAAAAGCUCCAUAACGAAUCUACAAGUUUUAAAGCAGCACACUCUCAGUGCUGUCAAAUACACAGCCUGCAUCAGCACGAAGUGGAGGAGGUUGUUGCUCCUAGGAUGUCAAAUCAUCCAUUUUCACUUAAAUGCUUGUGGUUAUAACCUUCGUUUGUAAUGGAUCUUUGACUGACAUUUAAAACGUCAUUACAGUUGAAAAGAAAAACAGCCCAAAUCAAUUUUGAUUUCAAACAAUUAAUAUAUGUUAAUUAAAAUAUGUUGUGGUUGUUCACCUUUCAGUUGGGCUCUUAGGAUGCCAAACAUCAAGGAAUCAAUCCUUAGCACUUUAUAUCAGAAAGCAGGACCUGUACUUUAUCAGAGCAUGAUUUCACUCAUGAAAAACCAGUAGAGAAUUUGAUAGGUCUGCAUUUGUUGUAGAAAAUACUUUUUGAAUGAAAGUUAUUCAUAAACUGGUAAUCACAGGUAAAAUGCAAACCAUCUGACACAUCUUCUAAGAAUAUUCUAUACAAUAGUCUAUCAUAAAAGAUUUACAGAAAGCCUUUAUUUGUCAGGUUUCCAGUUCAGAGUAUCUACUGCCCUCUUAACCUGUGAAAGAGAACUUGAAACCCUUUUUUUUAAGUGAAAAAUGUACAGCUCUAAUCAUUAGUAAAAAUAAACACCUGUGUUGUUUGGUUGG